AUGGAUGCAAAGCCCCAGAGAAUCCGCGUUCGCGGCGACGAAAAUGCCCCCUUCCCUGCCGUAGCCGGCAAGACCAUCCACCAGCAGAACAAAUCGACCCCUGCGUUGUCGGCCCUCUAUCAGAACGGCGUUUCGAAGCCUACCACCAAGCGAGCGGCCUUUGGAGAUGUCAGCAACACGUCUAAGCCCGUUAAUGCCAGCCGCGACGACGCAUCCCUUGCUGGGAGGAAGCAGUCCAAAGCUGCCGAGAAGCCCUCGGUGGUCAUUGAGAAGAAGUCCACUGUCCUAGCACAACCGGCCCAACGCCCAGGGGUGAUGAAGGGAAUCUUGAGUAAUGUCACCAAUGUCACCAAUGUCACUCAUGCGAAGUCCGUCGAGCCGUCGAAGCAGGCUGCCAAUACCCGCAAGACCCUGAACAAGCGGGCCACUAUCUCCAAGGACACAUCCAAGGCACAAGCCGAAAAAUGCGAAAACACAUCCAAGGAAACCAAGAAAGAAGCGAAGCGAGGAAAAGGUGAGCCUUCGCUUGCACAUGCGCCGAUUGCACCUGCGAAGCAAGAUGGCGCAAAGGAAGAAACCCAAUCAGAUGAGGUCCAGGAUCCUGUAGUGGGAGAAUUGGAAGAGCACGCUGUUGUCACCUCUGCAGCGGUAGAAGAUGACAAAGAAUCCUCCAAGCUUGAUGAUGACGUUUGUGAGGUGCAAGGUGUGAGGGAAAGUCGUGAGUCCCGCGAGGAAGUUGGCCCUGCAGGCCACGAUAUAUCUGAUCCUGCUACCAAGUCUCACCGCGAAUCUGUCUCAAGCUCUCACGUCACCCAUGAUCGCCAACCGGCACAGGCUGAAUUUGAGGAUUAUUGGGACGAUGAAGAGGAGGAGAAUGAGGACGAUGAUGGAUACAUCACGGCUCGCUCUUAUCGUUCGCGUGGCGAGAACACCACCGGCGGCGCUACGACGGUCCUGUUCCCUAAGUACACCCAGCAAGUCCGACGGGAAUUAGCCCUUGCACAGCAAGUUGUCGAAGCUACGCGAACAGAGGAGGAUAUUGAAGAUGAGUUCUGGGACACAAGUAUGGUUGCGGAGUACAGUGAGGAGAUUUUCGAGUAUAUGAGAGAGCAAGAGAUCAAGUUAUUGCCAAAUGCGCAUUACAUGGACAACCAGGCCGAGAUCCAGUGGUCGAUGCGCUCGGUUCUCAUGGACUGGCUAGUGCAAGUCCACCAUCGGUUCUCGCUGCUGCCUGAGACCCUCUUUCUCUGCGUCAAUUACAUUGACCGGUUCCUGUCCUGCAAGAUUGUCUCUCUUAACAAACUUCAAUUGGUGGGCGCCACUGCGAUCUUCAUCGCGGCUAAGUAUGAAGAGAUCAACUGCCCGUCCAUUCAGGAGAUUGUCUACAUGGUCGACGGCGGCUACUCUGCGGACGAGAUCCUGAAAGCCGAAUGGUUCAUGUUGAGCAUGUUGCAGUUUGAAUUAGGAUGCCCUGGCCCGAUGAGUUUCCUGCGCCGCAUCAGCAAAGCCGACGAUUAUGAUCUGGAGACGCGCACUCUCGCCAAGUACUUUCUGGAAAUUACCAUCAUGGACGAACGCUUCGUUGGCAGCCCUGCUAGCUUUGUUGCAGCGGGGGCUCAUUGUUUGGCUAGACUGAUGCUGAGAAAGGGCGACUGGACACCCGCCCAUACCCACUAUGCAGGAUAUACUUACUCUCAGCUUCUGCCUCUCAUUUCCCUCAUGAUGGAGUGCUGCGAGAGGCCUAGCAAACACCAUGCCGCGAUCUACGAGAAGUAUACUGACAAGCGGUACAAACGCGCUUCUCUCUUCGUCGAGGCCGAAAUGAAGCGAGGGUUUCUUCUCCCUGACAACCACAAAGACACUUCUUUUUUCCGCCGGAACUCAACUCUCGAAGCAGGCCACUAUUGCAAGAAAGUCAACAUUUAG